AGGUAUUGAUGUUGUUGUCAGUUUUGAGCACGGCUACUGCAGCCUGGACAACAGAAUAUUUCAAGAGUUCCGUCCCACUUCCUACUGAGAGUUUUAAAAUAUUGUUCUUGUUACCACCCACUUUUAAGAGUCACGUAUGGGUCGCAGCGCCCCUGAUGGUCGACUUGGCUAGAAGAGGACACGAGGUGCACAUGUUCUGCGACUCUUCCUACCAUUUCAAAAUCCCUAACGUGACGUGCAUUAAUCCUGGCGUUCGUCUUAGUGCGCCUGAAGAUUUCGACACUUUUGAUGUCGUGCGAAAUCCCCUUUCGUUUCUGAAAACUUUCACUAAUGCGGCAGCAAACGAUGUAGAGAAAAUGUUCAAUUCAGAUGUAACCAUGAAAAUCUUCGAGCGUCGGGGAGAAUACGACUUGAUCGUGAUUGAUCACUUGGGCUUGUCUAUCUUCUACCCUUUCGCGCACGGCACGCCGUUCGCAAUCUUUUCGACUUCAGCUCUCCUGCCAUGUCAGAGCGCAAGCUUGGGGAACGUCCCAAAUCCAGCUUUCGUUUCAAGUAACCUUAUGGAAUUCAAGCAACCUUAUGGAUUUUUUGACCGGCUCAAGAACAUUGCACUAACUAUAGCUCAGUGCUACGUUCAUUGGGCGAUCCCUUCACAAACAGAAAAACUGUUGAGCGAACGCUUCCCAUGGCUUCCGUCUCUGAAAGAAAUCGAACGGAAUGCGAGCCUGCAUCUCCUGACGACCAGUUUAGCGUUGGAUGGUCCGCUGGCUCUGCUACCUAAUCAGGUGCCCAUCGCCGGACUCGUGCUGAUGCCGCCACAACCUCUACCCAAGGACAUAUUGGACUUCAUGUCUGGCAACACGUCGGUUAUAUACAUCGGUCUUGGCGUAUCGUUCAUACGUAACGAUUCAAUUCCUCGAGACAAAAAAGAUAUUCUACUCUCAGUCUCCAAGAAGCUUCCAUACAAAGUCAUAAUGAAUGUGCACGGACAAGCAAGUAGUAGGAGCGGCAAUGUCCUCCUUACAGGCAACGCUCCUCAACAGGAUAUUUUAGCGCACCCAAACGUGAAGCUGUUCAUUAGCCACUGCGGUCUAGCAGGCGUCUACCAAACUGUUUACCACGGCGUGCCUGUGAUCGCCCUCCCCGCGACCCACGAGCACGGAGCCAUGGCGGGAAAAUUAGUGCUGGCUGGUGCAGCCAUCCAGCUGUCCUGGCUCACCCUAACUGAGGAGAUCUUACGUGACGCCGUUAUGGAAAUCAUGACCAAUCCAAGUUACGAGGAAAAGAUGGCCUUCGUAUCCCGGGUGUUCCGGGACCAGGAAGAAACAGCGCUUGACCGCGCAGUGUUUUGGACCGAGUAUGCGGCUCGCUUCCGGGGAGCGCCGCACCUCAAGUCCCCAGCGCGAAACCUCUCCUGGAUAGAAUUCCUCAGCCUUGAUUUUAUUCUGCUAGCACUUGUUCUAUGUUACUGUGCAUUUAAUGUGUUCCUCAAGGCUAUCCGAGUGUUGAAAAUCAAGUGUUUGGGAGAUAAAAAUGAAAAGGAAAAAGUUACUUAAACUUACUUGUGUGAUGAAGUUUGAUUAUAGCGCUUAUACUCUUUCGGUAAUUAUGCACUAUGAGACUAUAUGCCAUUGAAUAAAGUUAUUGUAGUAUUGGAACGACGAUGUCCCAGUGGACGAUGGAACGACGAUGUCCCCAGUCAGGGUUGCCCAGUGGUUACAGUUCAGAGUACCAAGAUUGGAGCAGAGUGG